UAGUAUGAUACGAAUCACUUAGAUUGUUUACCUUGAGCAAGAAAAAUCAAGAUGUCCAUGUCUAUGAAGAUUUUGAUAUUGUGUAUAUUUGCGGGGAUUGUGUGUGCUAUGGAAAAACCAUGCUGUAUUAGCAAGAAAUGGUUCGGUAAAUUAAAGAUUACAACAUCAGCUUUGAAAAAUGGAAGCACAAUUCCGAUCGUAUCUGAUAAUCGCAUAAUGAUGGACUAUGACCUUGACCUUAAAAUGGAAAGAAUAUAUGGAACAAUUUAUUCUGAUGGUCCUGACGGCAUGCAAGCUUAUAAUUACACAGUGUACAACGACUUCAUGCAUGGUAAAAGUUAUGUUCUUGAUGAAACACACACCCAGUGCAACGUGACGAUGCUUCCAACAGACAGAGAAAACAGUAUGCAUUGUGUUCCAAGUUCUUUAAGAUGGGAUGCCACGUAUACAUAUGGAUCUGGUCCCGAGGCCCUGCACGUGAAUUCCUGGGAAGGCGUGUAUGAGAACUUCCAUUUCAGUAUGCAGACAUCUGUCAAUGACUGUACACCCGUAUCUAUGACAAGAAUCGGAAUUGACUCUGAAGGUACAAGAAUUGUGGAAACUGUACUUUAUGUUGAUAUGGUGCAAUACCACGUGAGUGGCAACGAAUCCGAGGUGUUUAGAAUUCCAAACUCGUGUAUGACCGCUGGAAUAGCUGUCGGAAAAUGAACAUGACGUCAUCAUCAAAAUUUGCUUUUUAUAGUUUACUUUUUUUGAAAUUCCACUGUUUGUUUAUAAAUAAAUAAUGAACUACAGUUUGGGUUC